CAGUCUUCGGAGCUCAGAUACACAGCCAACACACAGCUCGAGCAUUUGCAUGCUCGCUACACUGGUACCGGCCAUGCCGACCUGACCAAAUAUGAGUGGCUCACCCACCAACACCGGGACACUCUCGCAUCUAUAGUGGGCCAUCCGUCACUGGCAUCGUUUUUGGCAAUUGCAGAUGGAGAAGCAGUCGGGAGAGUGAGGUUUGAGAUGACAGAGCGCAUGCUUCAGCCAUGUGGACCACCCCCUGCCAAAGAUGAUUAG